AUGGUCAAGGAACGUGCAGCGCCCAAGCAGCAGCGCGCCGACGACGACGAUGCCGAGAGCGACACCGACAUCUCGGCCGUCAUCGGCGGCUGGUCGUCGCUCCAGGGCAACAACGCUGCCGCUGCCGCAACCGCGCAUCCCACGUUUGGGCACCCGACCAAGAUGAUGUCCUCUCGUAAGCAGAAAGCCGACAUCUUCAUCCGUCAGAGGACGCGGCCCGAGCACCACCUCGACACGCCGGUUGCCGGCCCCAGGGCGCCGACGUACCAGGCUCGAAAGGCGCCGCCGCCGCCCAUGUUCAGCUCCGUUGGGUCGACUUCGACGUCAGCGACGACGACUUCGGCCCCGAUGAUUACACCGCCUCCAUCGCGGUAUGGAGGAGACGAGGUCUUCUAUACGGAUCCAUCAAAGGCUCAAGAAGAUUUGAAAGCUUUACUCGAGGGAGGCAUUGAGGGCGAUGACGACGAGGGCCCCAAGGACGACGCAGCGCCCAAGGACCCCAAGAUCAUCGCCAAGGAUGGCGUCGUGGCUGGCCUCAAGGUGCAGCUGCUCCCCCAUCAGGUAGAGGGCGUCAAUUGGAUGCGCGGCCGCGAGCUGGGCCCGGUCAAGAAGGGAAAGGUGCCCAAGGGCGGGCUGCUCGCCGACGACAUGGGGCUCGGCAAGACGCUGCAGUCGAUUGCCCUCAUCCUCCUCAAUCAAAAGCCAAAGAAGGACGAGCCGGGCUGGAAGAGGGGCUUUUCGGGCAUCGACAAGACGACCCUCGUCGUUGCACCUCUGGCGUUGAUCAGGCAGUGGGAGUCGGAACUCAACGAGAGGGUCGUCAGCACUCAGGGGCUCAAGGUUCUUGUACACCACGGGCCGCAACGGACAAAGGACGCCAAAGACCUGAAGCAGUACGAUGUCGUUAUCACGACCUACCAAAUCCUCGUCUCGGAGCACGGAAAGUCGCAGGACGACGACCAGAUGGGCUGCUUCGGGCUUCACUGGUGGCGAGUCAUCCUCGACGAAGCACACACCAUCAAGAACCGCAAUGCAAAGGCUACCAAGGCCUGCUGCGCCCUUCGAUCCGAGUACCGCUGGUGCCUAUCCGGUACACCGCUGCAGAACAAUCUCGAGGAACUGCAGUCACUCGUUCACUUUCUUCGCAUCCGGCCCUACGACGACAUCAAGGCGUGGAAGGAGCAGAUUGAGCUCCCCAUGAAGGGCGGCAAAGGCCACAUCGCCCUCCGAAGGCUUCACAGCUUCCUGCGCUGCUUCAUGAAGAGGCGAACAAAGGACAUCUUGAAGGUCGAUGGCGCACUCACACCGGGCGGAGUACCGACAGCCGACGGCGCAGCCCCGGUCGGCGGGUUCAGACAUACAAACCGUAAGGUGGUUACUGUCGCCACCGAGUUGUCUCCUGCAGAGCGCAAGUUUUAUCAAAAACUGGAAGCCCGUGCCGACCAAAGCAUGACGAGGAUGAUGAAGGAGAAGAUCAGCUACGCCAACGCCUUUACACUGCUGCUCCGACUGAGGCAGGCCUGCAACCACCCGAAGCUGCUCGAGGGCAAGCUGGGCGAGGACAAGGAUGCGCUGUCAACGGACUCUGGGAACACGAAGCAGCAGGAUGCCGAUGUCGACUCGGUGGUCGAUCUGUUCUCUGGCAUGGGGAUUACCACGAAACAUUGUAGCAUUUGUGGUCGGCCGGUCGAGAAGAAGGAGCGCCAAGCUGGAAGUGACAACUGCGCUGAAUGUGCUUCCGAUUUGGCCUACUUUUACGGUGUUGAGGAGGAGGUGGACAAGGCAAAGAAGAAGCCAACCAAGAAGUCCACCAACUCUACAGCCUCCAAGUCCAAGAAGAAGGGAGGAAGCCGGAAGCAUGCCAGACCCGUCAUUGAUAGCGACGACGAGGAAGAAGAAGAAGAUGAUGAUGAAGGCAGCUGGAUCGUCUCGGGUAGCGAGCGGGGAGCUCUACGGCUCGGCAAGGCUGGAGGGGAGGAAGAUGAGAACGCAGAAGGCGGCGGAGACUCGAUAGGAUCGGAGGACUCCGAAACCUCGGAAGAUGAGGAUGAGGGUGAAGAGGGUAGCAACCUCGACAGCUUCGUGGUGGAUGAUUCAGUAGCCCGAAAGGAAAAGGGGUACAAGUCUGUGGACGAGGCGUCGUCGGAUGAAGACUCUUUGCUACGAGCCAUCUCUGUUUUUGACGACGAUUCCGAAAACGGCUCCGCAUCCGAAGAGGAUUCAGAGGCCUCGUUUGACGCUUCGGAAGAGGCGUCCUCGGACGACGACGACGAGGAGGAAGAGGAAGAAGAAGAUGAUGAAGAAGAAGAGGAGGAGGAGAAGCACCUAUCGGCAACGACCAAAAAACCGCUCUUCUCCUCCGCCAAGAUCCGGGAGCUCACCAAGCUCCUGCGCGCCGAGGCGCACGAGCACAAGUUCAUCGUCUUCUCGCAGUUCACGUCGAUGCUGGACCUGGUGGAGCCGUUCCUGCGCAAGGAAGGCUUCCGCUUCACGCGCUACGACGGCAGCAUGCGCAACGACGCGCGCGAGGAGAGCCUGCGGCGGCUGCGCGAGGACAAGAGGACGAGGGUGCUGCUGUGCAGCCUCAAGUGCGGCAGCCUGGGGCUGAACCUGACGGCCGCGACGAGGGUCAUAAUCAUUGAGCCGUUUUGGAAUCCUUUCGUCGAAGAGCAAGCCAUCGACCGCGUCCACCGCCUCACCCAAACGGUCGACGUAGUCGUCUACAAGCUCACCGUCAAGCAAACCGUCGAAGAGGGCAUCCUCGACCUGCAGGAGAAGAAGCGCCUCCUCGCCGAGCAGACCAUCGAGGGCUCCUCCCGAAAGGGCGCGCUCAAGCUCGGGCUCAACGAAAUCAUUGACCUGUUCCGCCCCAUCCACACGUCUCGCUUUGGCAACAACGACGACGAUGGGGCCUAUGGCGCUGGUGGUGGUGUGGAUUCUGCGGAGGAUGAGGAGAGGAGGAGGGCGAGGGAUGCGGUCAAUGCGAUGAGGAGGGGGGUCAAGGCGAAGGCGCAGACGGGGUCAGGGAAGAGGGCGGAGGAUGGGGCGUAUGGGAGGAGGUGGUAAGGGGUGGGGGG